UUUACAUUUCGGGGUCGUGUCCGGGUCGCAAUCCGAAUCAAAAGACAUUCCGAUUAUGUUGAGUUGGGCAUGCUUCUUGCGGCAUCGAUAACAAUGAAUGAAAUUGUAUACUUGUCGCAGUUCCACCCGUGGUGAUAAUUUGAAAAAUUUGGGCUCAUGGGGUAUUUUCCCCUGUUGGGUGUGAACCACUGCGUCCAUUACUUUGAACUAUUGUGGUAUACCCCAUUUUUUUAUACUACACUUCACGCUCAUAUACUGCUUAUCGAUGAAGGAUUAGACUGAAAGUUAUGGCGAGUUAGGUGUCAAUCAGGAAUACUCUGUUUGAUAAAAUAUAUAAUACUGAUCGGCGACGCAGACCAAAUUUCCUUGGGCUCUAAAAUAGCAAGGUGAUGGAGUCUGCGUCUUGUUAGAGCUCAGCAGUCUGUGCCAGAGCAUCCGCGGGAUAAUCGGAGACCGCCCGAAGACGAACGGUGACUGCCUGCUGAUAAGCUGGCGGAAAAUGUGCCGAGUGCUCAGCCCACUUGAUCGUUAAACUGACGAUUUCCGUGUUGCCAGAACUGAGCAUGUCACACACGCAGUUACAGAGCAAAUGUUCCGAGGUUUCGCUUUCGGUAUUACAAAAGUGACAAAUAUCAUCUUGGGCUAAACCUAUAUUUUUAAGAUGGUAUUUGCUCGGACAGUGUCCUGUUAUAAGACCAGUGAAUGUGCUGAUUUCUUUCUUACUAAGGCUCAGCAAUUGUUGAGUAAUUUCAAUAGUCGGCGUGUUAAUUUUUUUCCUGAUUAAGUUGUACAUCCAUCCAAUUGGCAAUCACUUCGCGGUCAUCCCAUUUCUUCAGCUUACACAGUCAGAAAUUCCACAGCCCAGUGGAGGGUGUGAAAGGUGAAGGGUGAGCUUGAGCCGUUCCUGGCAAGUUGAUCUGUUCGCUCGUUUCCCUCUUUACCGCAAUGGUCAGGAAUCCAGUACAGUUGUACCGAACUUAUCUGACUUAAUCGACAGACAAUUUUUGAAGAACAUAUAAAAGCGUUUAGAACUUUAAGUGUCGCUUGAUUGUCUGAGAAUAUGCAGAUGUUAGCAUAUCUGUAUUUUCUUCUGAGGCAGAUAUUUAAACAUUCUAUUAUUGAAGCUAUUUCUGCCUGAAAAACUGUUGGCCAGCUUCCCAUAGCCACAGACAUUUUUGUUCUGGGACCAUGUACUCCGGCACCUGCUCUGUUCCCAUUUUCGUGGGUUCCCAUCAGUGUAGAACAUGAUUCAUACAUUACGAACACUGGACCCACCUUCAUCCCAUACUGAACAGGAAGGUUCGAUUACAUUAUACAGAAUGUCGUAAUUUGUCCUAGGUUCCAUCCAAUCGCUCCUCAAUAAAUCGCUAACAUAUGUGGUUUCUCAUACAAACGACUAUCUGAAACCCCAAUAAAUGGGGUUCGUAGAACUUUUUUUUUUUAAAUUUUGAUAGUAGUUGUAGGUACCCCCAUGGACUCAAAAACUGCCAAAAAGUCGAUUUUGAUAAAAUAGGCGUUCAUGGGGUUUCUGAAACAAACGAUUCAAAUACUUUAGGUAGAGAAACAUACGUUGGCAUGUUAGUAAUAUAGAAUAGCGCGUAAUUUUUGUAACUAUUUCACUAAAAUAAUUAUUUAAAAUGAAGCUCGAUAUUGUCGAUCCAUAUAAUUCCUAUGCAACUAUCAAUUUUGCUUGACCAACAGAUUACUGAUACAUAUGCGCUCUGCAAGUGCCCUAUCGUGAUUUAAUCAACUAUUCACGCCUACACAUUCUUAUCAGGCUGGUAUCAACACAAAAAUGUAUGUUAUUUGUAUUUUUCACGCUAAUAAUAACACGCUACAGAUGUUUAUUGUUGUCGUUAGAAAGAUAUUUGAGUCGGUCGUGCCGUGCUGCCAUUCUUCGAACCUUAUCUUGAACAACUAUAACAGCGGAACGAAGAUCCGCAAUUUUUUUCUAGACUAUGAGCAAGUCCACGCUACCUGAGGAACACAGGGUACCCUGGCAUCUCUGAUUAAAGUGCGGAACAAAAACGAAAUGAACUGGAAAAUGUGUGAAUUUUCGAACGACAAACAAAAAACAUAAGAAAAUAAGCUUCACUACACUAUCGGUGCAUCAGUCGUAUCGUGCCAGUCAGACGAACACAACAACUCAGCUUCAUCUCAGCACGCAGCUCCUCUCGUCAUGGUGACAACGGACAGUGCUUCAAGUAAACAGAGCAUACGUUUUUCUUCUCUUUUUGCUACUACUAGCGGAGGAAAGCAUAGGCCGAGAAUCAAUUUUCGUCGAGUUAUGCCCACGUUUGCCGAAAUCCGAGUACACGUGCGCGUACGCAUAAACGUUUAGUGCAGUACGAAUAUUUUUCGGACCAUAGCAAAACUUUUGCCUGGUAGCAUUCUUUUGGGAAACUUGCCUGUGUCGGGACAGAUUGUUCAAGAGAGGUAAACGUGUGUCAGCUGAGCCGAUAGAAAAACAUAUUGUCAGUGGAUUGCAAUCGUACCCGCUUGGUGAAAUUCUCUCAGCGCGAUGGAUACCACCGAUAAGGCCGUCUCCACGAAUUCCAUGGAAUCUAGCGAGGAUGAUAAAGGUCUCGUGAUGCGUCUAAACAACGCCGUAGCAUUAUCCAAUACUUCGCCAAAAGUGGGCUCUUCUACCAAUAUGAACGGAAAUGCUCCGUUCACCGGUUCGCCCUGGAAACGCAAACAACUUGUGGAUGUUCAUCCGAGUGGAAAUCUGGAUCUGAAGAAGUUGGGGAUGCGUCGAAACUCCAGCUAUGGAAAAAUACCCUCCGAGAAUCCAGAGGCGAAAGUACUUGUUCUCUACACCGGUGGAACGAUUGGGAUGAUGCGCAACGAGAAGAAUGCACUCGAGCCACGUUCCAAUGAAUUCGUUCGCAAAAUACGCACAUACCCAAAUAUGCACGAUGACGCGUACGCAACCAAACGCUACGGACCCGCAAAGAGUCUGGCACCACUCAUAUUACCUUACGUCGAAGGUCAACAUCGACGGGUACUAUAUCAGAUCUCGGAGUUCGAACCGCUGCUGGAUUCUUCCAACAUGGGAGUGUCCGAUUGGGUUCGCAUUGCCACCGAUAUUCAGCAGUCGUACGAGUUUUUCGAUGGUUUCGUGAUCCUUCACGGGACAGACACUCUGUCCUACACGGCGGCGGCGCUUUCCUUCAUGUUUGAGAACCUCGGCAAGACUGUCAUAAUUACUGGUUCCCAAAUUCCGAUUUUUGAAACUCGAACCGAUGGACAAGACAACUUUACCUCUGCCUUGAUCCUGGCGGGAAAUUAUGUAAUUCCAGAGGUUUGUGUUUUCUUCAACAGUCGUCUGUUCCGAGGCAAUCGCACGAUCAAGGUGAGCAGCGAAUCGUUGGAUGCUUUCAACUCGCCGAAUGCGGCUCCACUGGCAAAGAUGGGAAUCAAUGUGGAGGUCGAUUAUCGACUAAUUUUCCGACCAUGCACGGUUGAGAAGUUUAGUGUGCACACUCGGAUGGAUGAACAUGUGGGCUUGUUGCGUCUGUUUCCAAGCAUAUCGACAUCCACUGUGAAGGCAUUUUUGCAGCCUCCGAUGAGAGGAGUGGUUCUACAAACCUAUGGCUCGGGAAACAUCCCCACGAAUCGGGCCGAUUUAGUACAAGCGCUACGAGAGGCAACUGAUCGCGGGGUACUGAUUGUGAACUGCACCCAAUGCAAUGAGGGAGCGGUUUCUGGAUUGUAUGAAACCGGAAGGCAGCUGGAAGAAAUCAACGUAUUCCCAGGGUUCGAUAUGACGCCUGAGGCAGCGCUGGUCAAGCUGGCAUAUGUGCUGAGUAAGGAAGAAUGGAAUCACGAAAAUAAGAAAACGUUGAUGAAAAGCAAUCUCCGUGGAGAGUUGACUCACGAGAAGACCCCUGAAAUGCAAGAGUACGAUUUGAUUGAUGCUGUCGCCAGAACGUUACAUCUAAAUUCAGUGAAGGAACUCAGUCAACUGAAGUCUUCCCUUUUUCCGGCGAUGGUGAACUCAGCUGUUGUCUCUGGAGAUAUUGUUAAGCUCAAUAAUUUGAAAGGGUACGGUGCAAAUCUGUCCGCGGAAAAUUAUGACCACAGAACAGCGCUCCACGUGGCUUGCUGUGAAGGAAACCUGGAUGUCGUUCAGUUUCUUCUGCAGAACGGAGCCGCUGUGCAUAUUCGCGAUCGCUAUGAGCGGACUCCGCUGAUGGACGCAAUCCUGAACGAUCACCAUCAGAUCAUACGAUUGCUGGUCAAAUGUGGCGCUCAUCUGACCGGCUCGAUACGAUCAAUCGGUGAUAGUCUGUGCAAUGCAGCUGCCAGGCAUUUGCUAACGCGGCUAGAGUCGUACCGAAUCGCUGGUGCGGAUUUAUCCCAGGAGGAUGCAAGUGGACGAACAGCUUUACACGUGGGCGCUAUGUAUGGAAAUCUUGAAAUCGUGCAAUAUCUAAUCAAAAACUACGCUGACAUUGAUGCCGUGGAUUACCUUGGGUUCACACCGCUGGACUAUGCUGUGAAACUUAACUCACAACCUGUGAUAGAUUUUCUCCUGGCGAAGAAUGCUAAGCUGGGUGAAGAACUGGCCGAAGAGACUAGACGACCCGUCCUCCACGAUUCGAUCGAUGAUUAGACUAUAAAAUUAUCUAUUUAACAAUAAAAUUAUGUUAUGUAAAUCUACAAUACAAUUAUGAUUAUCUACAACUACAACACA